UCUUCUUCUACUUUGGUUAUGGUCUAGAUUCUCAUUUACCAAUUUCUUUUUUUUCUUUUUUUUCUUUUUCUUUUAAUUCUUAGAUAUAAGAAUUUUUUCUUUUUUUAAAAAAAUGGAAAAAUUGGGAAAGGAGGAUUUCACGCCGAUGAUAUACAAGAACAAAAGGGGGCGAAACGAGGAGAGAAGAGGAAUAGUUAAGUAAAAGAACCAGGAUAAAAGAUGAUGAGGUUUGUAGGUACCAGAAUCAAUAUGGCGUAUCCGAUGGAUAAUAUUAUUGGAUGCAUCUAAAUACAUUUUCCGCACAUAUCACUCUCGUGCAUGAUCGACCAACCAAUUGAAAUGAUCGGACUUUAAUUCCUAUACAAUUGCUACCAAUCAAUAUAGAUUGAUCCGAAAUCUGAUUCAAAUCCAAUAUAGCACCUAUGGGCCAUAUUCCUCACACAAACACCCACCAAUCAAAGCACCAAAUACUAAACAAGGUGAUCAAGAUCAUGAAUUCCCCUGCUUCGAUCAUCUUUUGUUUCCUGAUCCUAUCAGCUUUCUCUCAUGCUGCCGUACAAGACUUCUGCGUGGCAGACUAUCCGGGUUCCGAAAGCCCUGCAGGCUAUUCCUGUAAGAAUCCUGAAAGGGUCACAGUAGAUGAUUUCGUAUUCUCGGGCCUAGGUGUUGCUGGAAAUACCUCCAACGCUUUCAAGUCUGGUAUUAGAACUGCAUUUGUGUCAGACUUUCCAGGCUUGAACGGCCUUGGAGUUUCAAUUGCCCGUGCAGAUUUGGCGCCCGGUGGUGUUGUCCCGUUACACUCCCACCCUAAGGCUUCGGAAAUCUUGGUUCUUGUGGAAGGAACAGUCACUGCUGGUUUUGUCUCCUCAGCCAACAAUGUGUAUCUAAAAACUCUUAAGAAGGGAGAUGCUAUGGUCUUCCCUCAAGGACUGUUGCAUUUCGCUGUGAAUGCGGGUCACUCUAACGCCCUUGUAUUUGUUAGCUUUGGUAGUGAAAGCCCAGGCGUCCAGAUUCUGGACACCGCUUUGUUUGGAAGCAAUGUGCCUACCGGAUCAAUAGCUAAGACUACUUUCCUUGACCCUGCUGUGAUUAAAAAGCUUAAGGGAGCUUUUGGAGGCUCCGGCUAAGGUCGCCUCCAGCUUUAGAUUAUUAUAAUAAGGACUGCGUACUAUUUCGAUUGUUUCUAAUUGUUUUACUUCCUUUAUUUAUGUUAACGUUGCCUUUGGUUUCUUUGUCGUGGUUUAGAAAACCUGUUUUAGUACUAAGCAUAUGGGAUUUUUCCAGUCAAUGCACUUGGAAACAUGUAUAAGCCAAAAAAUGUUGUUGUAUGUAACUCUCUCUCUCUCUCUCU